CAUCAAACCCAUUUUUCAACUAUAAAAUUGAGGAAUACUACUACUUCGAUGGUAACUGCUACGAAUCAACCACAGAAAUACAAGAACAUUUCAUUGAAGCAUUGCUAGCUGGAUUAGGAGACAUUUGUUCAGCUAAUGUCUGUGAUAUCGAGAUUGUUGAGGUUAUAUGUCCAGAUUCAGACGAAGCUAGAAGAAGACGUUCGUCAGACUCAGCAACAGUCAUUUUCAGGUUCUCUCCUAUUUGAAGGAAGGACGGUUUCCAAUCCGGAAUUAUCAUGUCCUUUGGGCUCAUAUAAGGACAACUUUACUCUUACAUGUGUUGAAUGUAGAAGAGGCAGAUUCCACAAACCUGAAAACAACCGAUGUGAAAUCUGUCCUCGCGGCAUGUUUCAGCCAUUGCCAGGGCAAACUAAGUGUGAUUAUUGUCCUUUUAACAAAACAACAGAAAGGAUGGGAGCUGUGCACUUUGACGAGUGUAUUGAUGCGUGUCCGCCGGGAUAUGUCUCAGCCAACGGGGUUCUUCCAUGUUCUCCAUGCGACACAGGCAACUUUGCGUCCACCUUUGGUUCUGUAGACUGUUCAGUCUGUCCUGGACCCACAACAACCAAACCUGGUGAAAUAGCUAAGUCCGCUGAUGAUUGUUAUGAUUUCGACCUUCAAUUUUCAUCGGAUUCCGUAAAGAGUGCUGUUGCGACAACCAAGCAAGAAGUUAUGUUGGAAUCAAAUGUUUAUCUCAGUUUCUGGUUAAAGUGUUCAGCAUGCUACAAUAUAUUUAAAAUAUAUGGAGAAUUUGAUGAAACAAUUGCCUUUCUCGGGCAUGCAAAUAACACUGUGGAACUGAACUGGAAAGGCUGUGUAUUCACGGGACAUAUUGAUGCGCUUGAAUUCACAAAACGGUGGCAACACGUCGUGCUUCAUUUGCAAGACGAUAGUAUGACACUUGUUUUAAACGGACACCCGAUAAUAUCAGGGCAGAACUGCUCUACCACACACAUGGCAGCUACAAAUUUGACUCUUCACGUUGGAGGCGACGGUUUUAGUGGAAGAUUGACUUCCUUUAACGUUUGGGACUACAAACCCAUCAGCGACGAUACCAGAAACUGCUUCUCGGAAAAUGAAGGAAACAUCUUUUCUUGGAAACAGUUUGCUGAUGCAGAGGGCCAUUUUGCUGUCUCGAUUAGUCAGUGCGAUGACUAUGAUAACUGCCAAAGUGCACCAUGUUUGAAUGGUGGAACCUGUUACGACAAGAUCGAAUCCUUUACAUGUUCUUGUAUGCAAGGUUUCGACGGAGUGAAAUGCGAACAGAACAUUGAUGAUUGCGAUAUGAAUUCCUGCCAAAAUGAAGCUACAUGUGAAGACGGGAUUGACACAUACAUAUGCGAUUGUGGUGUUCAUUACACAGGCGAAUUUUGUGAAAUUUUCGUCGUGAAUGGAUCGUGGUCGGCUUGGGGUGACUGGGGAGAAUGCUCAGUAACCUGCGGCAAGGGACAACGUUCGCGUUACCGUCAGUGCGACAAUCCUGUGCCGGAAAAUGGCGGAUUUGACUGUGUCGGUGAAAAUGAGAAGGUUGAGCCAUGUGCUUUGCCAGAUGAUUGCAUUUACGAGUGUAACGAGGACCCCGAAGAUCCCGAGAAUGGCGCCAUAAAUUGCUCAUGGACAAGCAAUGUCACCAAGGAGUGCUUCCCCUUUUGUCAGGAUGGUUUCGCGUUUGAUUCCGAUGAAUUCUUGGAUCAUAUUGAGUGUGGACCUAACACAGGAUUUACAUGGAAUAUACGGAAUGAAGAUAACCCGAAGGCACAAAUACCAUCUUGUACAGAGGCCAAACUUGCUGAAGAUAACAUAAUGAGAUAUUCUGGUGAAUAUGAAAUUGUAAAUGGCUGGAGUAGCAGUGCCGACAACAGCAGCUUAAGACCUGCAGUGAAACUGAAAGUAGAGAGUCUCGUUGAGGAGUUAGAUUGUGUGGUAUCAGGAACUUGCAACGUCAAAGGUUUAGAAGUAGUAUCAGAGGUGGAUACGGCAUCUAUCAGAAAGAGGUCUUUGGCAGGCAUGCUAUUUGUAUUAAGGCUUUCUUGUUCGCCAAAUGCAGAAUUUCGGGAAUGCUACGAUAUCUUAGAACAAGCUUAUAACACUCUUCAAAAUUACGUCAAUCAGACGUUGUUUGCGGUCAACGUUAAUGGAGUUACGUUAGACCUAGUACACAAUGGAACAUCUGUAGAAGGAGAAGUGAACUGCUCACCUGGCACUGUGCAGAUUGAUUACUUCUGUGUACCCUGUGGGUCAGGAAACUACCCCGAUGAUUUCUUCUGUGAGCGUUGUCCACGUGGAACGUACCAGGAUGAGAUUGGCCAGUUGGACUGUAAACCUUGUCCCGAUGGCUGGACCACCGCUGGGAUGCAAACUAGAAACAUCUCACUUUGCAACGUGCCACUGGAUAAGCCAACACACAGUGAACGUCCUGUUUUAUAUAGCUUCAUAAUUACUGGGUUGGUUGUGAGUGUGUUCUUAGUUUUUAUUGGCGUUUGGUGUAAUCGUAAAUUGGUAAAAAGCAACGUGUAUUGUGGAAGACGGCCAAAGAAAGUCAGCGCAUAUCCACGCAGACACGGCCAUCCCCGAGAGAUUGGGAAUAUCAAAUAUGCAUGGGGUGAAAUGCAUCAUGGCCAAAGUAAUGCUGAUGAAAAUGACUUUGUUGAAAAAUCAAUAUGAAGGUCUACCCGAUAACAACUGACGUGGACAACGGCUUUCCACCUCCAUAUUCAAAAUGACAAUUUACAAUUUCAGACGUGAAUGUACAGUCCAGUCACAAACUUUCUUAAAGAUGAUUCAAUAAAUUUCCAGAAAGAAAUCGCGAUAUGCUUUUUGGGGAAAAAAAUGGAGACGUUUUAUAUAAACAUUACAAAGUGCAUAUUUAUAAUAAAAAAGUCAAUACUGUU